AAACCAAAUGUGGAACUGAAAAGCACUCAAGAGCAGUCUGUGCCCACAGAAGGUUCGGUGCUUUUGCAUGACUACGAUUUAACCAAACCUCAUGAAACAGAAAAUGUGGAUGGUACAGAAGGCCCAGCCAAUCAAGAUGAAGACAUAGGAGCAAGUGCGGAGGCAAGACACCUCAAAGCAGAGAUGGGAAGUGAAAGAGCUCUCGUUCUGGACAGAUUAGCAAGCAAUGUGGCAAAGCGAAAAAGCUCAAUGCCUCAGAAAUUCAUUGGUGAGAAGCGCCCCUGCUUUGACGUCAGCUAUAAUCCCAGCUAUAUGUAUGAGAAAGAGAGUGAGAUGAUUCAGACCCGAAUGAUGGACCAGGCCAUCAAUAACGCCAUCAGCUACCUUGGUGCCGAAGCCCUGCGCCCCUUGGUCCAGACACCGCCUGCUCCCACCUCAGAGAUGGUCCCAGUUAUCAGCAGCAUGUAUCCCAUAGCCCUCACCCGUGCCGAGAUGCCGAAUGGGGCCCCCCAGGACCUGGAAAAGAAGAACGUCCAGCUGCCAGAGAAGAGCCUGCCUUCUGAAAGAGGCCUCUCCCCCAACAACAGUGGCCACGACUCCACGGACACUGACAGCAACCACGAGGAACGCCAGAAUCACAUCUACCAGCAAAAUCACAUGGUCCCUCCUCGGGCCCGCAAUGGGAUGCCACUUCUGAAGGAGGUCCCCCGCUCUUAUGAACUCCUCAAGCCCCCACCCAUCUGCCCAAGAGACUCCAUCAAAGUGAUCAACAAAGAAGGGGAGGUGAUGGAUGUGUACCGGUGCGACCACUGUCGAGUCCUCUUCCUGGAUUACGUGAUGUUCACUAUUCACAUGGGUUGCCACGGCUUUCGUGACCCUUUUGAGUGUAACAUGUGUGGCUAUCGAAGCCACGACCGCUAUGAGUUCUCAUCUCACAUAGCCAGAGGAGAACACCGAGCCAUGCUGAAGUGA